CGUGGCCACUGGACGGGGGAAGGGAAGCUGAGAUUGGAGGGAGAAACAAUCAGAAACUGAGAUAGUUUGUGCAUAUGACAGCACCUCCUCAGGACUCCUGCCAUACAAGAACUCUCUCCAUGAUCCACAUCUGUAGGGACACCUGCAGUUAUUACUUUGGACGUGUACUGCUGUUUCACGUGAGGCUGAAGACGUAACAGCGUCGGUGCAAGUAGACCCUGCUUUACUUGGUCUCUCAAGGUGCAUACUGGAUUUGUCGUCAGUGCCAAAGUGAUGAAGUGUCUUGGACAGGGAGAGCCCAGCCCUGAAAAGCAAUGUCAUCAUUCAGCUUCUGUGUACCUCUGGUGGGGUUGAGGAGUGGGGCAGAUCUGUGGAGGAGAGGAGGGAGGCAGGCUUCCAGGAAACUUGUGUAUUGAUGGACAACCAUUUCCUCCAUUCAGCUUUUGUAGACUGAUACCUGCACAUUCCUCCACACUUAACGGUUAAUAAAACCAGACUGCCAUCGAUAAUCUCACAACUGUUGCUGUUAUGAAGAGAAUAUGAUGUGCACGACAUGGAUUUCUUCUGCCACUGACAGUUUUGGGAAAUCAAGCUGCUGAUCGUGGACACUGAGUUUACCAUAUAUAUGAGAAGAACAUGAAAAAAGCAUAGAUACUCGCGGUCACUACAGAAACCAUGGUGGUCCUUGCAUCAGCUCCUCAGCCCACCUCAGUUCAUGACUUCAGAAGCCUUUAGAGGCCAAGAUCAGGAACACGCUCAACAGCCAACACGUUCACAUGCAAUGGAAGAAGACAUUGACGUCACAUCCCACAUUGAGGGUCUGAAUGGUUUGUCCCGCGAAUGUAAGCCAUUAGAAGAGAUCACCAAUGGACACUCCAACCAUAAGCCUGUCAUGAACGGAGUGGUUAUUGGUCAUAAUGUCAAAGACCACACCAACGGCAGUGCGCCACUCAGAUCACUGCCGAUUUCAGCACUGAAGCAGAAUGGUCUUCUGCAGACCCUGGCAGCUGGAGGGGACCAGCCCAAGCCUGCAGAGGAAAAGGAAAAUGUGGAGUUGGAAAAGGCCAGGCAGGAGUGGGACGCUCUUGAGAACAUCCAACCAGCUCUUACUGAGGACUCAAACCCAACCCCGCUCAUCCCUUUCAAUGAAGCCUUGCAGUACUUUCAGACCACAGACCUUGGGGACUUGCUGAAGAACAUCCAGCCAACCAUUCGCAGGACCGGCCUGGCCGCAAUCACACACUUCCUCUUUGGUCCUCCACGGCUGCACAGGGAACUCCUGGAAGAGAGGGAUCUCGUCUUUGCCAUUGCACAGUGCCCUGUGGACAACAGCCAAACAGUCCACAUGCGUGUCCUCCAGACCAUUUAUAAGAGGCUGAUUGGCAGCAGGCUGGACUGUCCUCGCUUUGGUGCCCACUGGGAAAACAUUGGCUUUCAGGGUACAGACCCAGCCACUGACCUACGUGGCACUGGUUUUCUGGGACUGAUGCAUACUCUGUACUUUGUCAUGGACCCAGAGACUCUUCCAUUGGCUAGAGACAUCUACAAGUUAUCACAACACCCCACACAGAACUUUCCAUUCAGUGUGAUGUCAAUCAACAUGACCCGCAUCGCUCUGCAAGUACUCAGAGAGGAGGCCUUGUCCAAGGAGUGCAAUCGUCGUCAGCAAGUGGUUGGUGUGCUGAAUGAGUUCUACGUUGCCACGUAUCUGCACCUGUACCAACUGUGGAAGACCCAGCAGAAGACCAUUGCUGACUCUGGCUUUGUACUAAAAGAAGUGGAGCUGUUUGCCAAAAAGAACCCCAAGCAGAUGCUGCGCCGACUAGAGGUCUUCCUGAAAGAGAGGCGGGCAGGUGGAAUCCCUCGUGGGACGUCGCCAGACCCUCAGGCCCAACAGCCCUCUCCCAGCCUGGGGGAGCGAGGGGCCAGAGCUGGGACGGGGCAGGGAAGCAAGGGAAAAGAGAUGCACUUCACAGGAGUGUGUGAUCUACCGCCAGACAUGGAGGGAGAGGCCAGACUUAUCUAAGCUAGACUUUGUGUGAGUGAUUAUGUGUGAGUGUGAGCGAGAGCAAUUCUGUCUGUGAGUAUAUCUAUUACUGUAUGUAUGUGCGAGUGGCUUACUCAGAGCUAGAAGAAGAGCCCCACCAGACCCUGAUCUAGGACCUGCUAUCUGAACCUAUUCAAACCCUUCCACUCCUUCCACUGAUGCUGGGGUGCUGCACUUUGAUCAGAUUAAGCUUGGGGAACUUUCAGAGUUAUAUUUGAUUUUGUUAUUAAUUUAUUUUGAAACAGGGAACAGUCAAAUAUAUUAAUACCAGAAACACAAGAUGUCACAAAAACAAAAGAAAGUGAAUAUUUGCACUUUUCUGUGGAUUUAGUAGCCAAAUCAAUAGCUGCCAAAUUCUUGUGGUUAAACCCUACCUGUCUAAAAGUCCAAAAUAUACACAUUUGUGUUCCCAGGAUCUCUACGCCAGGGUGUGUUGGCAUUGCAGAGUGGCUUUCUUUAAAGGCUUGGCAUUGGCUCUCGCUCCGAGAUAAUGCCCCAUCAUGUGCAUUUCAACUGAAGGGCAGCAUUGCCAGGCAUAUUGUUUAAUGCUCUGUUAACUUUAUGGUGAUAAAAGGGAAAAUGAACGAGCCCUGCUAUAAAGCAAACAGCAGCAACUUUUCUAUCAGAAUGAGUGGGGAGACGGAGAUGGAAAACUCAGAGAGGUGCUUUGCAGAAUGGAGCAGAAAUUGUUAAUAGAAAUUGUUAUCAAAGAAAUUCACAGUAGGCUUUAAACGCAGCUUGCUUUGAAGGUCUGAUCACUUUGCAUUCUCUGUUAAAGUGUGAAUGAAAGAUGUGAACAAUAUUCAAGAAUGGACACUCCAGAUGUGUGGAGGUGUAGCCAGUUGUUGGCGUACAACUUGUCUCUGUUGCCAGAGGUCUGAUAGACUAGGUCCAGAGCUCCCAAUAAACAUGGGGGAAUAUAUUUUAAAUAAUUUAAAAAAUAACUAUUUUAGUCCUUCUUAAGGGUCAACUGUCCCUUUAAUCAUAACUUUACAGUUAUGUAUAAAAGCACUUCAGAAUUUUGGUAUCAAACUAACGGCUUAGUGACAGUGGGAAGGAUUUUAACACUGUUAAAAUUCCACUAGACCGUCCGAAAUUCUUCUGACUCUCAACUUUUCAUGGUUAAAGCAAAAGAGACACUUCAUAACAGAGUCUGUGUGCUCGGCUUGGUCCCAGCUGAAGCCGAAGGUCUGGUAUGAGCUUUCUCUACAUUCCGUUAUAAAGCAUGUGAUUGUAAUUUUUUUUGACCAGUUAAAAAUUUAUUCCAGUGUGUGUGAGUGGGCGUGUGUGUGGUAAAACAAACGAGCUGAUAUUGAUGAAGGGUGCCUCUCCUAGGAGAUGUAGGAGAUGUAUGGUACAGUAUGCAAUCCCAGCUCUUACUCUAUGAUAAUCAAAACGCUAGUGCUGUGUGAUGAUAGAAAUCGUUUCUAACUUCAGGGUUUGUGCACUUGUGCAAGCGAAUGUGUGCGUGUAUGUAUGUGUUUCAUAUGACAGGAACUGACUACAGAUGGGGUGCUUUCCUCUGCACACAAUAAGCCAGCUUUACUAAGUACUUGAUCCAUCAAGCUGCAAAGACGGUACUUUUGUCAUUUUAAAAAUGGUACAUAACAUUUGUGAGGACGAUAUUUAUCCUAAGACAAAAAAAACAAAACAACAACAACACAUUCUUUGGUUUGCUUUUUUAAAAGCCAGAUGUUGGUUCAGCUGGUUUCAGCGGCUCUGUGGCCUGGAAUGGGUAGAGCUCCUCAGCAAAGCUGGUUCAUGCUUUGUGCUAAUGUGAAACCGUCUCCCAUCGUUGUAGUCUUAAUCUGUAGCAUGUUCAGGUAGCACUAGUACUGUAGCAUCCUAUAGCCUCCUCCUCUUCGUAAAGCUUGUUGAUGUCAUGUCUCAGUUACAGUCUGUAGUGUCAAUGAGUGCGCAAACUGUUACUACUAUAGCACAUACAUUUCAUAUUUUUAUUAAGCCUCCUCGAGUAGAUACACAUUUAGGUGGCACGGUGUAUGCUUUGGAGAGACGUGGGAUCGGCUUGACAUGUUAUUGAGCUCAAACUUGUCUUCUAAGAAGGUGAUAGUAAAUUCGGUGCCUACAUCCAGUGGAGCCAUGUGGGGUAGAGUGCUGGUUUGUCCUCUCUUCCUUAUUUUUGUCUUUCUUUUGAGCCAUCAUGCCACAGUAGACUUCCUCCAUUCACGUAACGCAGUAAGCAGAGUUGACGUUACCCCUGAAACAUGCCGGCCUAAUGGAGUAUAUACAAAAUUUCGAUGUCAGCAUCUACUCACACAAUUGUACUUUGCCAUCUCCGUUCUCCGCCGUAAUAAUUCAAACUGAGCUGAUGUAGUUUUGCCAAUUGUUUGCGAGUGUUUUGAUUGAUCAGGAAAAUUUGCACUGUUGUAGAUAUUUGAUAGUAUGUGUGACGUAUGCAAGAGGAAACAGGCCAUCUUCAAUAGCCAUAUUGUAAUGUUCAUUAUCACCCACCUCAUGAAACAGGCUUUGUGAAGUCCCCUCCUCGCUCUAAAAAAAAAAAAGAAAAAGAAAAAAAAUAUUGCACCACCGAUAUGAUCUCAUAUUUAGUUUUUAUGAAAUUUUAAACUGAGGAGCAGUACAGUGUAUGUAAAUCAGGAAGUUUGUAUAUAGAGAAUUAAUGAUUGUAACUGUAUGAUUGUCUGUAGGGCAUUAUACUGAAACACAUUGCUUACCUCAAGACUUGAGACAAAUCUCUCCUUUCUCUCUCCUGAUGUUUGUUUGGCCUCUCUCUCAGACUCUUAUUUUUUUAUGUUUCCUUUACCUUGGCCUUCUCUCAUACCAAUUGGACAAGUUGUAUGAUGUAUAUUCACCACCUGAAGCACUACUUAAUAGCAAACUAACACAAAGCUGGUCAGUGUUGUGUAUUCUAUUUAAAAGACACAUUUAUAGACACUAUAUAGGCCCACACAUGCUCUGAUGCACAUCUGCAGAUUUAGAAGAAAAAAAAAAAUCCUUUUUCAAAACAAUCUACAAUUGGCUGAUGUUUACCAUGUCGAAAUAAGCUGGUUUUCUUGUGGCUUCAGUGAUAGUACAGUAUACUUUUGCUGUGAUUAAGUGUUUGAUGUCAGGAAAAACACUCAGAAACAAUCCUGUCUUUACAGCUUCGGUCACAAACCAACUGUUAAAUAUAUGAUUGUAAAGAUAUAGGCUUGACUUGCAGUCAUAAUACUGUGUAUGCUUUGACCUUGGUAUAUAUUCAGUAUCCAAACAAGGCCUAAUUUAUCCUCUCAUAUUACCAAAAGUUAUAUUUUCAGCAGUUGUAAUAGAUCAUGUUCUUAUGCGUUGAUCAUCGUUUGGAGUCUCCUCAGUUGAGAAACCAGAACCAAGAGAAAAAAAGAAAAGAAAAAAAAAAAAAACACGGGUUCUUGCAGGAUGUCGGAUGCUCUGAGAGGUGUGGUCUGAAGUUCUGCUUCCUACAGCAGCAGCUUGACAAAUACAAUCACUUCUCUCAAUAUCCUGCGCUUUAUAUGAAGGUGUUUUACUGUUGCCGUCGUCGUCAUGUCCCUCAGAGCAUUUUAUGACUGUACCUUGAUUGUAGAAGCCCUAUUUUAUACUGAGAGUUAUUUCAAAAUACAGUAUGUGCUGUUGUACAUUAAAUGUAUUGUUGGAGAAAGCUAAAUAAAUGCUGUUUAAAAACUA